AUGGGCAGACUGCGUGGGCUGCAAGCGCUGCGAGACGGCUUGCCCUACGGACUUCCUGAGCAUCCGCCCGAAGCCAAGCGCUUCGUGUUGAUCCGAAGCGUGUACCUGCAGGAGAACGAGGAGACCCAGUACAGCUUGGGCUUGGACCUGGCGGCCGGGCACUUGGCCGUGCUGCACAACAUCAGCGACGUCCCGCUGCCAUUUGGGCGGGUUCAAAAAGGCAACUCGGCCUUCUACGAGGUCGGAGGCGCAGGGGCAUUUGAGCCAAUGGAGCUGGGCAGCGACGAUGCCGUCGUCGCCAUCAGCUUCGAUGAGAACUCAACCGGCAAGACGUUUGCGGAUACCAAGGUCCGUUAUACGUGGCAGCUGUCCAUCGAUGGCAAGGUGCACACGAUUGAGUUCACCAACACCAAGACCUCGGGGAAGAAGCGGAUCUUUGUGGACGGGCGCAUGCUCCACGAGAUGACGGUCUUUCGGUCGCUCAACUUUCAGUACAGCUGGCCCAUUGGCAGCCAUCUCUUGUCCAUCGUGCCAAUCAAGGCAGAAGCCAACGAGAGCAUCCUGGACAAAGUCAUGGAUCGCAUGGCCAACUCUGUCGAUUGCCAAUUCGAGCUGCGCAUCAACGGGCUGCCCUUCCGGUCCUUCCGCCAGCGCAGCGCAGUACCCGUGCGAGUGGUGCGGCCAGCAGUGCCACAGGCGCUUGCGUUGCGGCCGGAGGCAGACCCAGAGUACCUAGAGAUGCGCCGGAAGGUCGAGGAGCUGCAGCGAAACCGCGAGCGGGCGCAGGCAAGACCGAAGCCCGCCACCAAGGAGCGGCCAGUCGCGUCGCCAUGGAAGGCUCAGGAGCGGUCAGAAGGCCCCAGCGUUGCGAGCACAGCCGUGGCCGACCCAUGGAAGAGCGGCGAUAGCCCAUCACGGCGCCCUGCGUGGGAGCCCGAAGGCGAGGCGGUUGGCUUUACCACGGGCGCUGGGAAGUACAGCAGUUUUGCAAACCCCUCGGGGGACAGCAGUGAGGAGGAAACCGCGGAUGCCUUCACCAGCUACGGCACAAAUGCGCCCGCUGCCUCUUGGCCAGAGCCCAGCCCCUCCUGGCCAGGAGCGAGUGCCAGUCCUUGGUCCACCUCCAAGGAUCCCUGGGCGCAGGCCGGCGGCUUCCCACAGGCGCCUGCCAGGCGACCACGCCAGCCGGUGCCCAGCUACGCCAUCCCCUGGAGCCCAGUGCAGAGCCCCCCAGCGGAUGCGCUACCGAAGGCGCAAGCGCCCACUCCAACCUCACAGGUGACUGCGCCAGAGGCUGAGUUGCCGAUCUCGAGAGAGCCCAUCCCUCGAGCUCAAAGCAGCCUGAGGAGGACUUCCAGGGGCCUGGCCAACCGACAGGCGCUGCUGCAGUCGAUGGGCCUUUGCCAGCAGCCUGCAAAGGUUCAGGCAGCAUCUCCAGCCUUUGCGAGCGAGGUGAGCGGCUACCAGUGGCCCGAGGCUGUGAUGGACGCUUCCGCGCAUGGCGCCUGGUCAUCGUGUUUGCCCAAGCCCCAGCGCUCACAGAAGACCUUGGCCAUGCAGAAGGCUUUGCUGGGAUCCAUGGGCCUCGCGCCAGGCGAAAAACACGUGGCCGAGGUGAACUCCACACCAGCCUGGCCGAUGUGGGAGGACUCGCAGGCCAUGGCUCGGGCCCCCAGCGAGGACACAUCUCCGUCCUCCUCUUCCCCUGGGCCGAUUCGGGGCAGACUCCUGUCCGGCGGGUCUCAGGGCAGCUCUCCAGUGGUUCAGGGCACCGUUGUGGCACACGGGGAGGCUGACCGGUUCAUGCCGCCAACCUUGACCUGGCCGGCAAAAGAGGAAUCUGCGGCCCCGAGCGCAGCAAUCCAGUGGUCCAGCAUUCAGGACGGCGCUUUUCCUCAAGAAGCUUCCAGACAAGCAGGAUGGCCUGACCAGGACAGCCAUCCGAGCGAAGCCUCCAGAGCCUGGCCAGACUCGAAGGAGAGCCAAUUGCCCAUUGCUGCCAGACCAGCGGCGCAGUGGCCGGGCGCGCAGGAGCGCCAUUCGCCCAGCGAAGCCUCGAGACCAGCGGCGCAGUGGCCAGAUGCGCAGGAGCGCUACUCGCCCAGCGAAGCCUCGAGACCAGCAGCGCAGUGGCCGGACCCGCAGGAGCGGCGCCAUUCGCCCAGCGAAGCCUCGAGACCAGCAGCGCAGUGGCCGGACAAGCAGGAGCACUAUUCGCCCAGCGAAGCCUCGAGACCAGCAGCGCAGUGGCCGGACCCGCAGGAGCGCCAAACUCCCAGCGAAGCCUCGAGACCAUCGCAGCAGCUGCCAGACGCGCAGGAGCGCUACUCGCGCAGCGAAACCUCGAGACCAGCAGCGCAGUGGCCGGAGCCGCAGGAUCGCAAUUCGCCCAGCGAAGCCUCAAGACCAGCAGCGCAGUGGCCAGACGCGCAGGAGCGCAAAUCGCCCAGCGAAGCCUCGAGACCAGCAGCGCAGUGGCCAGAAGAGCAGGCGCGCUACUCGCCCAGCGAAGCCGCGAGGCCAGCAGCACAGUGGCCCGACCAGGAGCGCUAUUCGCCCAGCGAAGCCUCCAGACCAGCAGCGCAGUGGCCGGACCCGCAGGAGCGCUCGCCCAGAGCCUCGAGGCCAGCAGCACAGCCGGAGCAGGAGCGCCAAGCGCUCAGCGAAGCCUCGAGACCGGCAGCUCAGUGGCCGGACACGCAGGAACCAUUGCCCACGGCUUCGAGACCGGCGUGGCCGGAGGAGACCCAAUCGCCCAGCGAAGCCUCAAAACCCGCAGCGCAGUGGCCGGGCUUGCAGGAGCUGCAGUCGAGCGAAGCCUCCAGAUCAGCUGUGCGGUGGCCGGACGCGCAGGGCCAGGAGCGCCAGUCGCGCGUCGAUUCCUCGAGCUUGCAGUGGCCCGGCACGCAGGAAAGCACUUCAAGCGGCGCACUGACACCUGGGAUGCAACGGCCGGACACUCAGGAGCGCCAGUCAAGCGAAGCCGCAAGACCCACAGCGCAAUGGCCGGGGUCGCCUGGCUCGCAGGAGCUGCCGUCACCCAGCGAAGCAUCCAGACCAGCUGAGCAGUGGCCAGACACGCAGGAGCACCAAGCGCCCAGCGAUGCCUCAAGACUGCAGUGGCCGGGCGUGCAGGAGCGCCAGUCAAGCGAAGCCCCAAGACCCACGGCGCAAUGGCCGGGGUCGCCGGGCUCGCAGGAGCUGCCGUCACCCAGUGAAGCAUCCAGACCAGCUGAGCAGUGGCCAGACACGCAGGAGCGCCAAUCGCCCAGCGAUGCCUCAAGACUGCAGUGGCCGGGCGCGCAGGAAAGCACUUCACCUGUGAUGCAGUCGGACAUGCAGGAGCGCCAGUCAAGCGAAGCCCCAAGACCCACGGCGCAAUGGCCGGGGUCGCCGGGCUCGCAGGAGCUGCCGUCACCCAGCGAAGCAUCCAGACCAGCUGAGCAGUGGCCAGACACGCAGGAGCGCCAAUCGCCCAGCGAUGCCUCAAGACUGCAGUGGCCGGGCGCGCAGGAAAGCACUUCACCUGGGAUGCAGUCGGACAUGCAGGAGCGCCAGUCAAGCGAAGCCCCAAGACCCACGGCGCAAUGGCCGGGGUCGCCGGGCUCGCAGGAGCUGCCGUCACCCAGCGAAGCAUCCAGACCAGCUGAGCAGUGGCCAGACACGCAGGAGCGCCAAUCGCCCAGCGAUGCCUCAAGACUGCAGUGGCCGGGCGCGCAGGAAAGCACUUCACCUGGGAUGCAGUCGGACAUGCAGGAGCGCCAGUCAAGCGAAGCCCCAAGACCCACGGCGCAAUGGCAGGAGCUGCCGUCACCCAGCGAAGCAUCCAGACCAGCUGAGCAGUGGCCAGACACGCAGGAGCGCCAAUCGCCCAGCGAUGCCUCAAGACUGCAGUGGCCGGGCGCGCAGGAAAGCACUUCACCUGGGAUGCAGUCGGACAUGCAGGAGCGCCAGUCAAGCGAAGCCCCAAGACCCACGGCGCAAUGGCAGGAGCUGCCGUCACCCAGCGAAGCAUCCAGACCAGCUGAGCAGUGGCCAGACACGCAGGAGCACCAAGCGCCCAGCGAUGCCUCAAGACUGCAGUGGCCGGGCGUGCAGGACAGCACUUCACCUGGGAUGCAGUGGUCGGACAUGCAGGAGCGCCAGUCAAGCGAAGCCCCAAGACCCACGGCGCACUGGCCGGGGUCGCUGGGCUCGCAGGAGCUGCCGUCACCCAGCGAAGCAUCCAGACCAGCUGAGCAGUGGCCAGACACGCAGGAGCACCAAGCGCCCAGCGAUGCCUCAAGACUGCAGUGGCCGGGCGUGCAGGGAAGCACUUCACCUGGGAUGCAGUGGUCGGACAUGCAGGAGCACCAGUCAAGCGAAGCCCCAAGACCCACGGCGCAAUGGCCGGGGUCGCCGGGCUCGCAGGAGCUGCCGGCACCCAGCGAAGCAUCCAGACCAGCUGAGCAGUGGCCAGACACGCAGGAGCGCCAGUCGCCCAGCGAUGCCUCAAAACUGCAGUGGCCCAGCACACAGGAGCUCCCUUCGCCAAGUGGCGAAACCUCGGGACCACCGGCGCAGUGGCAAUGGCCCGACACACAGGGCGACCGCGAAUCUCAGAAGUGGCCAGGCUCGCAGGAUGGACCUGCGCAAAGUGAAGCCUUGGGGCAAGCGGUGCAGAUGCCAAACUCGCAGGCAGCGGACACCGGGACACAGGACAGCCCUGCGAAACCCGAAGCGGCGCAACCCAAGGCGCUGAAUGCGAGGGUUCUGCGAGCAUUUCCGGACGUCAAGGUGGACCGUGGAGCGUCUCCCAAUGGCGCGACAUCCGAGAGCCCCGGAAGGAGUCAGGAGGCCCCGCCAUCUUCCAACCAGCUGCAAUCCGAAGUAGAGAGCCACAAAGCGGAGGAGCCCAAAGCGGCUGAGGAGCCGCCUCUUCCGGCGUCCAAAGAGGCGCUGGAGGUUGAGCCGGCGCAGCUGGAGGCUUGGACAAGUGCACCCAGUCUUCAAGCGACAGCCACCUUCCAGCCGCCUCAAUCGAAGGCAGAUCCCGAGGAGCUGCCCCCUUGGUGGCCCAAGGGCUGA